CUAUUAUUAGUUUUCAUUCACACAAUUACAACAUUUAUCACACAUCCUUGUAACCAGGCAGUCUUUGGCAAAUCAUGGAGAUGAUCGAUGACGUCACAUUGUUUGCCGUCACCAGCUGUCACAACACUGAUGUGAUGGCUGAAGCGGAGGAGGACACAGACGUAACGAUGAACUACCACGGGGACUUUGAAAAAAAUGACCAGAAGAAGAGUCGCUAUCCAUAUUGUAUAGUUUGGACCCCUAUACCAAUAUUAUCGUGGGUGCUGCCCCUCAUUGGUCACAUGGGGAUCUGCACCUCCUCGGGGAUCAUCAGAGACUUUGCAGGCUCCUACUUUGUCUCGGAGGAUAAUAUGGGCUUUGGUCGGCCUACAAAGUAUUGGCUGUUGGACGUGGACAAGGUGUGUGGCAGUGGUGCGUCAACCUGGGACAAGGCGGUCUACGACGCGUCCGAGGAAUACAAGUGCCGGCCGCACAACCUGUGCUGUGAUAACUGCCACUCCCACGUUGCCAUGGCGCUGAACCUUAUGCGCUAUGACAACAGCUCAUCCUGGAACAUGGUGAAACUCUGUCUGCUGUGUCUCACCCAUGGCAAAUAUGUCAGCUGUGCAGCCUUCCUAAAGACCUGGCUUCCCUUUCUGAUGCUCACAGGCAUCAUCACCACCUUCGCUUUAACUCUCAAUCUGUAGUAAUCCCUCAGGACGUGAACAUGGAAGAAAUAUAGACUUUAAUACCAUCAGUCCCACCCAACCCUCUUCUCAUUGGACUGGUCUUCAACAUACUAUGCCUCAUUACCUUCAGUGUAGAGUUGCCUUCAGGUCAUUCUGAAUGCUGUAAUGAAGAGAUACAGUGAAUAACAUUAAAAAGCAUAUGUUAAUGAGAAUACAUAGCUGCUUUAGUAGAUAUUUAAAACGUAUUUACUUAUUUAGUAUCAAUGAACAAAAGUAUCAAAAAUUAAGUAUCGGCUUGCAAUUGGCAAUAUAUGCGCUCCGAAAAAAAUGUUAUCAAAACUGUCCUUUGAGAUAGAUUAUCUUGCUUUGUUUAAAUGUUAUGUUAAUUAUGAAUUGAUUUGCAGUGUGUCGAUUUCGGAUAUAUUUAUUAAGAUAAAUAUUUCAACAUUGUACAUUAUUUCAAGUCUUUUCUGCAUAGGAUGUCAACACUGUGGCUCACGGUGCCCCUGCGCUGGCUGUAGCUUUAAGAGAGCCAUGGGGCUGCAGUAUUCCUCCACUAUCGUGUGUGCGUGAUAUGAACAACCCUCCACUUACUGGAAGACCUAGUCCCUGAGAAGCACAGAGGAGGAAGGGACCUCACACUGGCUGUCUGGUCUGAAGAAAGCGCAUCUCUAACUGGAUCUGGGGAGACAAAGCUUUAUUUGUUUUCUGCCUUCGUCCUG